CCCGCCCGCAACAAGGCAAACAACGACCUCCAAGAUCCAUCUUCCCCGCGAAUCUCUCCAUCACAGUAUUUCCUGUCAAGCCAAUCCCAUUCAAUCACUGCGCCCAUCUCGAAUCAUGGCUACCGGUCUUCCCAGCGGCUGGGAGGUUAGACACUCCAACUCCAAGAAUCUUCCCUACUAUUUCAACCCUUCCACCAAGGAGAGCAGAUGGGAACCUCCUUCCGGCACCGACAGCGAGACUCUGAAGCAUUAUAUGGGCACCUACCACAGUUCCGCCAGCCUACGACCCGACGGCCAAGGUCAACAAGAGGGCAAGAUCCGUGCCUCGCAUCUCCUUGUCAAGCACAGAGACUCUCGCCGUCCCUCGAGUUGGCGUGAGGCCCAAAUCACUCGCUCCAAGGACGAAGCCAUGACCAUCAUCCUCGGCCAUGAAGCCAGAAUCAGAAGCGGCGCAACCAGCCUUGGCGACCUAGCCACCACCGAGAGCGAUUGCAGCAGCUCUAGAAAGAGGGGUGACCUCGGUUUCUUUGGCAAGGGUGACAUGCAGAAGGAGUUCGAGGAUGCCGCUUUUGCUCUGAAGCCCGGCGAGGUGAGCCAUGUUGUCGAGACUGCCUCCGGUCUGCACCUGAUUGAACGUCUGGAGUAGAGUUUCUGUGUUUCCAUCCUUUCUGCCUCCUCGCGAUAUACCAUCUUGGACUUGUUCUCUGCAUCCGACGCCGGCCUUUAUACUUGUCCGGUCUCCAGAUCUUUUGUGUGUACUCGGCCGAUCAAAAAAGCAUCACAUUCCGACUG